GUGAGGCUGCUCGUUUGGUCACAACAGUCAGGCGUGUUUGAGUCCAGCUGACCUGCGCUGGGGGGCAGCUGUUAGUCUCUGGAAGCUGCGCUCUGCUGCUUUUUCCAUCUCUGAAACAUCAUCGAGUGAACGGAUCCUGCAAACCCCGGGGUGUUGUCCACAGGUCUGGCUGUUCCAGGGAAACAUAGCUGAAUAUAUGUACUCCAAAACAUAAUCUGCACAUCACGCGCAACCUCCCCGAGCUGCGGAUGCUGCUGGUGUGAGAAACAGUCGGCUGCAGCAGUCUGCCGUGCAUUCAGGCUACGGAGGACGCAGCGCUUCAUAGGGUGAUAAAACGAAAUAACCUAACAUCUUGGUGCCUUGUGACCCGCCUUCCCACAUACCCACGGCUGACGGGGAGAGGACGAAAACCGUGCACGGUCAGGGUCUGAGACCUGACAGAAAGACCCGGGGGGUAACUUCCUCAGCGGGCCAGCGUCAUAGGUCUACUCUCUUCGUCAGCCCUGGAUUGACGGGAUCCGACACAUCGAGAACCGGCACAAUUGAGAAGGUGGAAGUGACCCCAUGCCUGCUGGACCUUCCUUAUGCAAAAUCAUUCCUCUGACUUAGAAAUCCCCGUUCUGGACCAGCAGCAUCAAGGGAGCACGAAAAGGAGUCUGAUGCCCACGAGCCAUCCCUUCAGCUUCUUCUGCCAACCACUGCCUCUCUUCUAACCCUUCUGUUUGCAGAGAGAGCAGCCAACAUGGCACUCGGCUCUACAUUUGGGGCUCCUCUGCUCUUGCUCUUCACAGGAUUUAUCCUCUCCUUUCUGCUGCCGGUGAAUGGCAAAGAAUGUCCUCGUUUAUGCGUAUGCGAGAUCCGCCCUUGGUUCACCCCACAGUCAACCUACAAAGAGGCAACCACAGUGGACUGUAACGACUUGAAGCUGACGCACAUCCCUACCAACAUGUCGGCAGACACCCAGGUUCUUCUGCUCCAAAGUAACGCCAUCUCUCGCACCUAUGGCGAACUGCAGGCUCUGUUGAACUUAACAGAAUUGGACUUUUCACAGAACAACUUCACUAAUGUGGAAGCUGUAGGUCUUAGAAACAUGAAUCACCUGACCACCCUGCAUCUGGAGGAGAACCAGAUCACUGAGCUGCCUGACCACUGCCUAGGAAACCUCUCCAGCCUGCAGGAGCUCUACAUCAACCACAACCAGAUAAGAUCCAUUUUUCCUCGGGCUUUUUCAGGCCUGCGUAACCUGCUGCGCCUGCACCUCAAUUCAAAUAAGCUUCAUGUUAUAGACAGCCGCUGGUUUGAAGAAACGCCAAAUCUGGAAAUUCUCAUGGUUGGAGAGAACCCAGUUAUUGGUCUCCUGGACAUGAACUUCAAACCGUUGGGAAGCCUGAGGAGUUUGGUUCUGGCAGGGAUGGAUCUCACCGAUGUUCCAGCGAAUGCUUUCGUAGGUUUAGAUAAUCUGGAGAGUAUUUCUUUCUAUGACAACAAGCUGGUCAGAAUCCCUCAACUUGCCCUUCAAAAAGUUCCAAAUCUCAAAUUCUUGGAUUUAAACAAAAAUCCUGUUCACAAAAUUCAGGAAGGAGACUUCAGAAACAUGCUACGCCUUAAAGAGUUGGGCAUCAACAAUAUGAUGGAGUUAGUGUCGAUUGAUCGCUACGCUCUGGACAACCUGCCAGAACUGACAAAACUGGAGGCCACCAACAACCCCAAGCUGUCUUACAUCCACAGAUUGGCAUUUAGGGACAUGCCCUCACUGGAGAGCCUGAUGCUCAACAGCAAUGCUCUAACUGCCAUUUACCAGCACACUGUGGAGGUGUUGCCCAACCUGCGGGAGAUCAGCAUCCACAGCAAUCCGCUGCGAUGUAACUGUGUCAUUCAGUGGAUGAGUUUGAAUAGGACGACAGUGCGCUUUAUGGAGCCUUUGUCCAUGCUGUGCAACUCGCCACCUGAGCUCAGAGGCCGGCGGGUUCGAGAGCUGAAGCUGCUGGAGUCCACGGAGCAGUGUCUUCCCCUCAUAUCUCACAACACCUUUCCCAGCCACUUGAACCUUGAGCUGGGCAUGAAUGUGGCGCUGGAUUGUAGGGCCAUGGCCGAGCCGGAACCAGAAAUCUACUGGGUGACGCCUCUCGGCACCAAAGUCGUAGCAGACGCCUCGACGGAGCGCUAUCACUUAAGCACCGACGGGACUCUGUGGCUGUUUCACGUGCAGGUGGAAGAUUCUGGUCGGUACACCUGCGUGGCCCAGAACACAGAGGGCGCCGACACAUGGGUCGCCACCAUCCGCGUAAAUGGGACCCUGCUCGACAGCGGUCAGGUGAUGAAGAUCUAUGUUAAGCAGACAGAAUCCCACUCCAUUCUGGUCUCGUGGAAAGUCAAUUCGAAUGUCAUGUCCUCCGAUCUGAAAUGGGCCUCGGCCACCAUGAAGAUCGACAACCCGCACAUCACCUACACAGCUCGCGUCCCUGUGGAUGUUCACGAGUACAACCUCACGCACCUCCAGCCGGGCACUGAGUAUGAGGUGUGCCUCACAGUUUCCAACAUCCACUUGCAGACACACAAGUCUUGCGUCAACGUGACAACUCGGAGCGCUACCUUCGCUCUGGACCUGUCCCACCAGCACCCGAGUGUGGCCGUGCUGGCUGUCAUGUCCACCAUGCUGGCCUUCAUCAGUCUGGCCACUGUGGGCAUCUACAUGGCUCGCAGAUGGAAGAGGAAAAACUAUCACCACUCCCUGAAAAAGUACAUGCUGAAGACCUCGUCUAUCCCGCUUAAUGAGCUGUACCCUCCUCUCAUUAACCUGUGGGAGACGGAAGGGGAGAAGGACAAAGAUGGCCCCACGGAGGUGAAACCUUCCCCAGUUGACACUUCACGCAGUUAUUACAUGUGGUGAGGACUGACUAAGCAGGCUUCAAUGCCUCUCCAGCAGCACAAAAAGACACACUUUUGCCAUUUUGGUGCAAAAGUCAAUUAAGGUUGCAAGUGUUUUUUGUAUCCUCAGCUUUGCUAAGAAGAGGCAGAGUGUUAAAGAGUAAGAUUUUUUUAUUAGUAUAGCGUAUCGCCUUUUGUUUAAUCUGUAUUUCUUAACUGUUCUGGACUCUCUGAGACGGCAGCUGUAUUUAGCCUCCAUGUUGACUUAGUUGCUCUGCUCUGUUUCCGUGGUGCAUCUUUGACUAAUUUUGCUUUUUGAUGACUUAUACCACAGGGAGCGGUGGCUUGUCAUCCUUUAGCAAAAAUUGCAUUAGCAAAAAUCAAUCCCCCCCCCCCACCUGUUUUGUAGAACAGCUAAUUUGUUGUGCACUCAUAGAGGAACCAGUUUCUUUGAACUUCAGAUAAAAGCUGACAGCGGGUUUAGACUUGUUAAACUGUCUACUGAAUGUUAGCAAUUGUGCAGUAAUGUUGUAUCAACUAUAACUUUGAACUUUCUGAUUUACACUGGAAGAGAGUAGGAUUUUAGUUUGCUAAUAAACUUCAUGUUGAAUGCUAGGAAUACAAACUUUUCUUAAAAUAUUUCAAUUUUAUUCUUAUUAAAGUGAACUAGAAAUGUUUUAACUUGUUCUCUAAUUACUAAUUUCUUUGUCUAGACUCUUACUUUUUGUUUUGCUUAGUUUGUUAUUUUUAC